AUGGCCUACGCUAUGGAUCCUUCUCACAUCAUGUCUCCGGCGGCGCAUUCGCGGAAUUCUUCAGCGGCCUCUGCGCCUGUGUCGCCCAUCACCUCGACCGCGUCUGCGCGGAGUCACAGCCACAGUCGAUUCCCGAGCACAGCAUCAUCACUCACCACGGUUCCGGAUUCACCAACCCUGACUGCAUCGAAAAUGACCUUGCAUGACCUCGUUGAGGAACCUCUAGAACAAGAGGAAUCCGUCUCAUCGAAACAUGCGCCCAGUGCUAUGGAGGAACCCUUAUGCAUUUGCGACGAGUCCUUUUGUGAACACCAGCGUCCAUCUCGUGGGCUCAGCAUGACACAGAAUUUCCCCGAAUGGUUUCCCGACGACGAUUACUUUGCCGACUCUCGACGGUCACGAGAAUCCUCAGUCCAUCGUCGUCCGUCCGUAGAGGCAUCGCUCAACAACCUGACGGCGCGUUGGUCGCGUCAUGUCCCAUCAAUGCCAAAAAGGCGAUGGCCUGGUCGCAAAUCAUCCACAUCACUUUCAGAGACGACGAUCCGCAGUGCACCCUUAUCACGUGCAUCGUCAAUGAAGCAAUCCCCGACGCGACGUUCGACCAUGACCCACACAUCAACAGAGGCCCUCGGGAAUGCUGUGUCCGCUUGGACUUCCGCAGAGGUCAAUGAACGGCUACGGCGUGGCUCGACAAGGACCGUGCAGCCUCCGAUGGAGAUUGAGAUGCCCACGGGCGAGUUCGACCCUUCUCAACGACCCGAGCCAGUCUCGACGCCGCUUCUACCUCCUAUGAUCGCCCCUCGCUCGACAACUGCUUCGACUGAGAACCUCGGACUUUCACUACACCCUCCGGCCAUGUCGCGAAUGGAAAGCGAUCCGCUACCUUCAUUCUCCCGCCGCGUCGCAUCCGAGAGACCUACUCCUUCCCUCUCGAGUAAAGUCUCUCAUGCGUCUAUUCGCAACCAGCGCGACUCGGGAAAUUUCCGACAGCCUUCCUUUGCUGAUGGCGUUCCUCAAUGCCCACCGACCCGUUCCAGCGCGGCCGAUUCAUCGUAUCAAAUUCCUCUCACCGACGAUGAUGAUGACAGCAUCUGGUCCGCACGCCUCGGCCACGCCAACUUCCACAUCCUACCUGCGCCCUAUUAUCCCGCCAUCAUUAACCGCCAGACUUGUCAACGACUCCUCGAUGACUGGGAGUCCGCUCGUGGGCAGUACAUGCGUCUUGCUGCAGAUCUCGCUUGCCAUCAUGGCCCCACAUCCGCCGUCUUCGCCAUGGCCAACGAGAAAUGGGCCGGGAUCGACGCGCAAUGGCGCGAAGCCCACCGCGAAGCCUUCCAAGCCGUCGCAUCCGCCGCCCUGGACGAAGCCGCCCAUCACGGCCACGACGACACCCUCCCCGCCGCAGCAUCGUCCACGCACCAAAUCCACCCCGACGAUCCGCUCACCCUCGCCCCGAAACCCUUCGUCUUCCAAUCCCUCGCCGAAACCCCUUCCUGCUCCCUCCCCGCCCCGGAAGACGCCUACGCCGAGUUCAUUCUGCCCAGCGACGAGGACCAAACCAACGGCCUCCGCAACCGCAGUCGCACCACCGCCACCGCCAAAUUCCCCGCCGUCGCCGCCAGCGAAAUGGUCGGGCCCAUGGUCCAAUACGCCGCCAAAAUCCCCAACAACAGCGCCGCCGCCGCCGGAGGUGGGAUCCGGAGACUCCCCGGCGGCACCAGCCUCGACGAGGAGCGUGACUCCUCGUCCUCAUAUCUCUUCAACGAGAAACGUGGCCGCGAGAAACGCUCCCGCGGCUGCAUCCCCCUCCCGGCCUUUUCGGGCGCGAGGGAGGUCCUUGCGGGCGCGUUCCGCUGGAAGACGGCGUCGGCGGCGUCAUCAUCGAAUCCUCCUCCUCCUUCCCUGACGUCGUCGCCGUCUCCGAGGAAGACACAGUUCAGCGAGAAGAUGCCUUGGUAG